AUGUUUAUUGAAAACAGAUAAUUUCUUCCUCCAGGAUACACCGGGCACAUUCCUUAUAGAAAUGAUGUUGUUGGACUCACUCAUGCUGAGGCAACAAAGACUCAACUAUAAUAAUAUGAGAUGUUUAGUGGUACUCCUUAAGGCAAAAUGAUAAGUUUAAAUAGAAAUUUUCAUUUAAAAAAUGGUGGUAACUCUCUAACAAGAGAUACUAAUAAUUAAUCUUCAAGCUAGGCUGAUUCUCCUUAAUAUGCUUACAACAAUCAAAAGAUGAUGCAGAUAGGUAACUAAAGUCGGAACGCUGCUUCUUGGGUCGGAGGUCCAAAAUAUGAAAUAAGAUAAUAGCAAAUUCCAGGCUACCAAGGAUUCUUGCCUGGGAUUAAUGCUGAGAAUUUGUAUGGUAAAAGCUAUACUAAAUGCUCAGCAUCAAGCAUGAAUAAUAAGAUCGAGAGAGGUUUCAACAUAACCCCAGAGAAAAGAUAUAUGACUCAAAAUUAAAAAGCUUUUGCACCUAAAAACUUCAGACGACUAAAGGAGAGACCUGAACUUGCAAAUCAACGUGACUAUUUGGAAUAUACUAUGACACUAAAUCAUCAAGAUAAUCGAUCAAGAACAAAACUGCUAGAUAUCUCUGCAGACAAUGUUAAUCUUGAUCAAUAUCAUCUCACUUAGAAAUCAAGAAACUCCAAUUAUUUUGAUCCAAGUGGAGUUACUAUGAGUCCUCCUAAAUCGAUAAAUCCUAGAAAUAACAAUUUCUUUAUGUAGAAGGCAGACAUUUAAGUGAGGCCAAUUUUGAUAGAGAAAAAUCUUGCUGACAAGGAUGAGUUCAAGAAAUUGGGAGAUGGAUUCAAGAGAAUAUUUUCAGAGGACUCAAAUGAUUAGGGUUCAUUAGUUCUCCCAGUUGCUGGGUAUACUGGUCACAGAAAAGGUAGUGUUGCUGAAAAUAUGUUUGGAAAAUCUUAUCGUGAUGCUACGAUUUAGAGUAAGAAGUUAGAAAGAAUAGCAUCUCUUAAUAAGAGUGCUUUUGUCAAACCAUAUUGA